AUGGCGGCAUACUUUCCAUCGGCUGCACUCCAUUGGACCGUGCAUGGCCCUGGUGGCCUUCGAGGUGGAGGCCUUGAUGAUUUGAUGGUGGGCGCCGAUGAAGAAGAGAGUAGCCUUUCGGGCUGCGAGAGCCCACCCAGCGGAACUUUGCUGAAAGGCGAUACGCCUGCCUCUGCCUCUGAACACGAGAUGGAUGUCGACAUAACAGAAACGGACACGUUAUUGGAACAAGACAAGCUUAUGGCCGCUGACCGUAUCUCGCCACGUCGUCCUAGGUACUUGGAUUCCGACGCUCAUUACAUAGGUAAUGAUGAUGUCCAGAACGAAUGGGCUGCUCAGCGCCUACCCCGUACCUUACAGUCGCCACAGCCGGAGCGGUCACUCAGAAUUCCUCCUUACGCUCGGGUCACGGGUUCCCCACGGAGUGGGCCGAGUCGGACACACACUCUGUUCCACUCCAACUAUCCUCCAAUGUCGAGAUACCAGCAGUAUUCAAGGUGUCCUUCGAAGCAGCAGCGUUACUGUCGUUUUACACCGAAUCGCACACAUCCUUCCUCCGUUUACGUUCCUGGUGUGGAUAUGGGGCCGAUUCCCGGCAUAACCUUGACGAAUGACGCCGGGUCACCGACUGUAUGGACGUCUCGUGUAGGAGCCCCGAACCGGCCAGAUGGAGCCAAAGUCGAUGCGCUUCCUUGUCGGGCUUCUCCGUUUCAGAAGCGUCACGAGCAUCCCGCAGAGGAAGAAUCGAUUGGGAAGAAGCUGAAAACUGCUCAGGGCGACGAGGACGAGUAUGGCAUGGGAUGCGAUUAA